GGAGACAGAAGCCAUUAUAGAAGCCACAGAUGAGUGUUUGCUUACUGGCUUCGCUCUCCGUGACUUGCUCAGCCUGCUUUUUUAGAGCAUCAAGGACCACCAGGCCAGGGGUAGUGACACCCACAAUGGCCACAUCAAUCACAAACUAAGAAAAUGUCUUACAAGCUUGCCUACACCCCAGUCUUUGCAGGCAGUUUGUCAACAGAGAUUGUUUCCUCCGAGAUGACUCCAGCUUGGGUCAAGUUGACACAGAACUAGCCAGCACGGAGGAAAAAGGCCAAGGUCAGCAGAACGCUCUGUGUUAGACAGUGUCGGCAGAGAGACCGUGCAGCACCUCCGACAGCUACCCAAGGAUUGAUAACCACAGCCCAGAAGGAAGAGUCGGGUCUCCAGAAGCUGCAGCCUUGAUUCCUUCGAGGCACUGGCUUGAGCCCAAGACCAGCUUUGAUUAGCCGGCUACUGGACAAGGACACAGAACUAAGGUCACGUUUGUCCUUUCAUCGGGACCUCUGAGGAAAUCUUGGGUGUGAGCCUUUUAAGUAGCAUGUGACAGAAAUUUGGGCCAAGCCGUGAAAUUCAGGUGUGGUUCAGAUUUCAGCAACUGACGUGUGUUGAGGAGGUGGACACUCACCAAGAGCCUUUGCUCUGUCUUGUAGAGCCCGUGCCUUCUGUACUUCCCCGCUGCUGUGGAUGGCCCCGGCUGUCUUGACUACCCUUCUCAAUAGGAUGUCACUGAGAUCCCUCAAAUGGAGCCUCCUGCUGCUGUCCCUGCUGAGUUUCCUGGUGAUGUGGUACCUCAGCCUUCCCCACUACAAUGUCAUUGAGCGUGUGAACUGGAUGUACUUUUAUGAGUAUGAGCCAAUUUACAGACAAGACUUUCGCUUCACACUCCGGGAACAUUCGAACUGCUCUCAGCAGAACCCAUUCCUGGUCAUCCUGGUGACCUCGCGCCCCUCAGACGUGAAAGCCAGACAAGCGAUCCGAGUCACUUGGGGCGAAAAGAAGUCCUGGUGGGGACAUGAGGUCCUUACAUUUUUCUUACUAGGCCAGCAGGCCGAAAAGGAAGACAAGGUGUUAGCGCUGUCCCCAGAAGACGAACACCUUCUCUAUGGCGAUAUUAUACGGCAAGAUUUUUUAGACACAUACAAUAACUUGACCUUGAAAACCAUUAUGGCUUUCAGGUGGGUAAUUGAGUUUUGCCCCAAUGCCAAGUAUAUCAUGAAAACAGACACUGAUGUUUUCAUCAACACUGGCAAUUUAGUCAAGUAUCUUUUAAACGUAAACCACUCAGAGAGGUUUUUCACAGGUUACCCUCUAAUCGAUAACUAUUCCUAUAGAGGAUUUUUCCAGAAAAACCAUAUUUCGUAUCAGGAGUAUCCUUUCAAGGUGUUCCCUCCCUACUGUAGCGGGUUGGGCUACAUUCUGUCCAGGGACCUUGUGCCCAGGAUCUAUAAAAUGAUGAGUCACGUGAGACCCAUCAAGUUUGAAGAUGUUUAUGUUGGGAUCUGUUUGAAUCUGUUGAAAGUGGACAUUCAUAUCCCAGAAGACACAAAUCUCUUCUUUCUGUAUAGAAUUCACUUGGAUGUCUGCCAGCUCAGACGCGUGAUUGCCGCCCAUGGCUUUUCUUCCAAGGAGAUCAUCACGUUUUGGCAGGUCAUGCUGAGGAACACCACCUGCCAUUAUUAAGGCCGUACUUCAGACGUCCAGGGCAGGGUGCUCUCUAGGAAGAGUCAGGGUUCAGAGGGCUGGCUUCCCACUCUGAGACUCACGGAGCAGGCCCAGUCGGAAGCUCCGCGGCAUAAACUUACUAGUGAUUUGACUUCACAGACUUUCACGGGACUCCUUAAAGGUGAUGGAGGAGUGGAGCAACGCAAACAAAGGGUUUUGCUAAUGCAGUCAAAGGAACAAACGUCAUCUGGAUGACUCAGUCUCUAGAUUAUUAUUCCUUAAGAUUUCCCUGAAAGAAGAGCUGACUCGUCCACAACAACAAAACCAUGCAGAGUUGUAUUUAUUAGAUAGUCUCGUCUCAUGAAGCUCAGUGUGGAGCUUAGGUGGUAUUAUUUAUAUAUAUGUGUGUGUGUGUGUGUGUGUGUGUGUAUACAUAUAUACACAUACAUUUCUUGUAAAAGCUUUACUGAAGUUAUAUUGAAGAAUUUUGUCUGUAUUGUUUUCAUCCACGAGAUACUUGACAAUGUGGUAUUUCCGGGUUAUCAAAUAGUAUUUAAUGUUAUUUCAGGUUCCUAAGUGUUUAAAGGUUGCGGAGGCUUCAGUAUUAUUAUAUAGUGAAUCCCCUUUCACAUUUGAGUUUUGUUUUACUUCCUCCAUUCAGCAGUUUACCUUUGACAGCCCCGCUAGUGGGGCAUCAUAGCUUGUUACUGACUGACAGUAAUCUCCUGAGCUUUGUUGGGUAUUUUAUUGUAGAAAUAUGGAGAAUUAAAGCAAGAAAAUUCAAGAUUUCGUGCUUUUUUUUUAAUGUAGUACAAAUAUGUAGUCUUUCUAGAUGUCCUGCAUUUGUGCUUUUCUCUACAGACCCGGGGAGUAUUUCCUAAAAGCACAGAGGCUAGGGUGGUAUUAAGAGUAAGUACAGAGGUGUCUGAGUUGGAAAGGGAAGGCAGAAGGUCCUCGCUGCAUUGUUAACCCGCCCAGUGUGUUUUCGCUUCGUGAUCAGCUUGUGAAUAAAGAGUUUUCAACAACA